AUGUUUCCCGUGAAGCGUUGGGACGGCCUUCACGAGGCGCUCCCCUCGUCGUACCUCCACGCCUCCACUCCGCCGCUCAAGCCUCCGCCCACCUUUCCGCUCACUCCCGCUUCCGCCCCGCCGUUUCCCGCGCAUAGAAAACUUGAGACGCCUUUCGGCGCUGAGAAGGCUGAUCGGUUAACGGAGAGCAUUGAUCAGAGCAAAGUUGGGGGAAAGACAAUUGGAGGAUCGAAUGUCGUUGGCGGAGGCGUCGAAAGAGCUAAGAACGAUACUGCUGCGGCGGAGAUUGCGGGAGGAAGCGUUAGUGAAACGAAGAAGAAGAGGAAUAAAGGAAAGCGGGAGGUAGAGGAAAGGGGUGCGGAAGGUGCGAGUGCUCCGAAUGCGACGGUAAAAGACUCGCACGGCGUCGCACGUGACGUGGCGGGAGAGCAGGCAGGGAAUGCGCUAGGUGGCGAGGGCGGGGGUUUGGGAUUCGCACUAGAUGCAGCACAAGGGCUUAGAGAUGGCAGUGGGGAGCUGGCACAGGGAGCUCCAGUGGGUAGGGGGAAGGACAAGAAGAGGAAACGGAGGCGGGAGGAUGUUGGGAGUGCGAGCUGUGCUGCGGCUCAAAGCGGUGGGGAGAGGGAAGGUGAAGCAGGGGGCGGAGGAGGGUUUGAGCGAGGUUCAGGGUUUGGGGGUGUAGCGCAUGCGGAGCAGGAAGACUCGGAACAGAAAGCGGGUUUAGGGGAUGGCGAGGGAAAGGCGAAAAGGAAAAAGGAGCGGAAGGGGAAGGGGGCUGGGCGAGGGAAGCAGGAUGUGACCAUGGAUGGGGCCAUGGAUGGGGCCAUGGAUGGGGCCAUGGAUGGUGGGGACGACACGGUGGUGGUGGCAGCAAACGAGGCAGCUGAGGGCGAUGGAGCGAGGGAGAGGGGCGAAGAGGGCAACGGAGCAGGGGACGAUGGUGACGAUGGGGUUGUGGGCGCAGAGGCUGCGCUUCAGGCACCUUCUAAGCACAACGCAGCAGCAAAAAAGGGAGGGGGAGGCGGAGGGGCAGGGGGAGGGGGAGGUGCGGUGCUGCCGUGGAUGCGGGCGCCAGUGAAGUGCUCCACAGCUGAUGCCGUUCCUCUAGCGUCGGUGCCGAACCUAGACAAGCGCCUCCUGCGCGCCCUCGCCCCGGCCGGCAUUUCUUAUCUCUUUCCCGUGCAAGCCACGGUGUGGCGCGAACUAAUGGGGUUACCUGGUAACCACCCCCACGCCCAUGGAAAAACAACACCCAGGAAGGGGAAGGAUGGGGGAACGGGGAGAGCAGGCGCUGGUGAUGGGGGGAAGGGGGGGCGGAGAGGGGGAGUCGCGCAGGCGGAGUGGGAGGGCGGCGAGGAGCGGGAGGUGGCGGGGCUGCGGGCGGCGUCGCACGACUUAUGUGUGUGUGCACCGACGGGGAGUGGCAAGACGCUGGCGUAUGCGCUGCCAGUGGUGCAGGCUCUGGCAGGACGAGUAGUGCGGCGAGUGCGGGCGGUGGUGGUGCUGCCCAUGAGGGACCUGGCUGCUCAGGUGAAGCACGUGUUCGACACCAUAGCGCCAGCUGUCGGCCUCUCAGUGGCGCUCAUCAACGGCCAAUCAUCGCUCGCUGACGAGGCGACCCACCUCGUGCCGCACCCCGCCGCCCGUUCCGGCCCCUUGGGCCUCCUCAGCCGCCCCAGCUACAGCCAGGGAAACGGCUACAGCAGUGGCGGCGGCUGUAGCGGGGCGGAUAUCGUGGUGGCGACGCCGGGGCGGCUGGUGGACCAUCUGAGGGGCACUCAGGGCUUCUCCCUUUCGCACCUGCAGUUCCUUGUGGUGAACGAGGCGGACCGGCUGCUGCGCCAGUCCUGCCAUGACUGCCUGCCACUCACCCUCGCCGCUGCCUCGCCUCCCCAAGCUCCUCUGUAUUCCUCUGUGGUGGACGAGGCGGAUCGGCUGCUGCGCCAGUCCUACCACGACUGGCUGCCUCUCACCCUCGCCGCCGCUGCUGCCUCCCCUUCCGCUGGCACCGCUGCCACAUCAGCAGUCGCUGGCAUGCAUGCUGACGUAGCAGUGAGCAUUCCUGGUCUGGGCGGCGUCGUGCAUGCUAGUGCCGGUGGCAGCAUGAGCGGUGCUCUCCCCACUCCGUUCAUCCACGGCCUGCGAUCCCUUUCCCUCUCGCCUUUUGCCCCUCACAACAACCCCGUAACUCCAUUGUUCCCCUCCUCCACACUCAAUCAAUCACCCCACUCAUCCUCACGGCCUCGCCUCUUCCCCGUGACUCUCCCCAACACCGAGGGCCAUCGAGGGAUCAAGCUCGUGUGGGUGUGCUGUACCAUGCACACCCACAGUCCUGCUCCGCCUGUUCGUUCCUCUUCUCUCCUUUCCUUUCCUUCCCUGCGUCAUCGCAGCGCCCCCUAUGCCCCCUCCCUCCUCCCUGUCUCCCGUCCCUUCUCGUGCCUCAUCUCUCCUUCCUGCCUUGCUGCAGCACAGCCCCCCUGUGCCCCCACGUUCCUCUCUGUGCCUGGCAUUGAGUGCCAUCGGGUCAUCAAGCUAGUGUGCUCUCCCAUACUCACCUGUCCAUCGUCCUCUUCUCGUGCCUCUUCUCUCCUCCCUUCCUUCCUUCCCCAGCCCAUCGCAGCGCCCCCUGCUCCCCCUCCCUACUCUCCCUGCCUGACAGUGAGCGCCAUUGGAUCCUCAUGCUCAAGUGCUUCUCCAUUCUCACCUCGAGUGCUCUGCCAUGCUCACCUCUCUCCAUUCUCUUCUCGCGCCUCUUCUCUCCUUCCCUCCUUGCGUCAUCACAGUGCCCCCUGUGCCCCCGCGCUGCUAUCUGUGCCUGACAUUGAACGGCAUCGAGUGAUCAAGCUAGUGUGCUCUGCCACACUCACCCGCGAUCCCUCCAAGAUCCAACGGCUCAGAUUGCACCGCCCGCUCUUCAUCUCCUCCGCCGCCCACCUGCUCGCCUCCGCCAUGCUCCGCCACGUGGCAGCUGGGGGCACACGCCACGCUGGCACCAUUGCUGACGUUGAAGUUGGUGAUGUGGGUGCUGACGAGGAAGGUAUGGAGGAGGGCAGGGAGGAGGAGGAGUUGGAGGAGGAGGAGGAGGGGGUGUGUCCGCGUGCGAGUGACAAGCCGCUGCUGCUGGCAGCUUUGCUCAAGAAGCUCACGGCAGGGGAGGAGGCGGGGGCUGGCGAAGGGGAGGGGGGGCAGGAAGGGAAGGGAGAUGCUGCUGCCAACACUGGUGCUGCUGCCAACACUGGUGCUGCUGCCAGCACUGGUGCUGCUGCCAACACUGCGGCGGAUGCAGCACGGCCACGGCAGCUGACGCUGGUGUUUGCAUCCUCCCUGCAGGCGGCCCACCGCCUCUUCCUGCUGCUCUCCGCCUUUCCCCCCGCCUCCCUGCCCUUCGCCUUUGCUGAGUUCUCCUCCCGCCAGCCACAGCGCCAGCGCAGGGGCCAGGUGCAGGUGCUGGUGGCCAGUGACGCCAUGACACGUGGCAUGGACGUGGAGGGCGUGUUCAACGUCGUCAGCUACGAUGCACCCGUCUACCCGAAGACUUUUGUUCAUCGGGCAGGCCGAACUGCCCGGGCGGGCAGGCCGGGGCACUGCUACACGAUUCUGAGGAAGCAGGAGGUGCGCUGGAUGCUUGUGACUGUGGUGAAUGUGACUGUGCGGCACUUCAAGGCGGUGCUGGGGAAGGUGGGUUGUGCUGACUGCCCGCAGGGCAAGGCGCCGUCCCACCUCAUGGAGGGGCUCCGAGAGCACUAUGAUGCUGCAUUGGAGCGCCUUAAGGUAGUGGUGGGGGAGGAGGAGCGAAGAGGCAAGUGA